UGUCAGCAAAAACUGUACGAAGAAGUGAAUGGUUUGGACGGAAAGUAUGAUUACGAGAGUGUCUCCAAAAUGCCGUAUUUGGAGGCAUGUAUUGCCGAAACACUCAGACUUUAUAAUCCCAUUCCCAUAAUUAAUAGACACGCGUCUCAGGAGUAUACUCUAGGUGAUACCGGACUGACAAUCCCAAAGGGAAUGAAUGUUUUCUUUGAUGCCUAUACUAUCCAUCACAGCCCUGAAUACUACCCAAACCCCGAGCGCUGGGAUCCUGAGAGGUUUAUGCCGGAGAAUAGGGACCAAUUGACUCCAUACACGUAUAUGCCGUUCGGGACGGGACCCCGAAAUUGUGUGGGAAUGAGGUUUGCAUUAAUGGAGGCCAAGGCAGCGAUCGCUCAGUUGGUUCAUAAGUAUAAGUUCAAGACAACAUCCAAUACUACAGUUCCUCUGAAACUUAAAAAUUACUUAACCCGAAAUUUUAAAUAUUGGAGUUCCCGGGGAAUCAAUGGUCCAACACCUGUUCCCAUUUUAGGGACAAUAUGGCAGGUAUUUACAAAACCAAUGCCAGAAUUGUCACUGGACAAUUAUAGAAAAUAUGGAAAAUUAUAUGGCACAUUUAUGGGCACUAAACCUGCACUAAGAAUUUCGGACCCGGAGAUAAUUAAAACCAUGAAUACAAAGGAUUUUCACGUAUUUAUGAAUAGAUUUGAUUUUUCAUUUGGAGAUCAAUUCCAAGACAAGUCUCUGUUUAUCUUAAUGGGAGACGAGUGGAAGACUAUGCGAUCGAUUAUAAGUCCGACGUUUUCGUGUGGAAAGAUGCGGUCAAUGCAUCCCAUUAUCAUUGAUUGUGUCCACAGAUUAGACAACUAUUUGGAGACCAAAGCCAUGACUGGAGAAGACGUGGAGAUGAAGAAAACGAUGGGAAGCCUGACGAUGGAUGUGAUCGCUUCGUGUGCUUUCGGCACCAAAAUAGAUGUCUAUAACGACCACAAGACCAGUGAAUUCAUAGUAAAUGCAAAUAAAGUAUAUCGCGGCGGCAGUCGGUGGAGGAUCUUGGUGUUUAUUAUAUUAGUCAGUAUAUCUCCUAAACUCCUAAAGUGGACGGGAUUUCAAUUCUUGGACCCAUCGGUUGAAAAUUUCUUCACAUCAGCGCUAACAGAGCUCUGCAUUCAGUCUCUUUCACGCUGUUUCUCUAAUAGAAGUCGAGUACUAACUGCGGACAAUGAGACAGAAGGGGAUGACUUGAAUGAAGAUAUCUAUGGAAAGACUGAGUCAACGGAGACAUCAAAUAAAUCAAAGAAUACUUUGUUGACAGACAUCGAUAUAUUGGCCAAUAGUUUCUUAUUUUUCCUGAACGGAUAUGAGACUACCGGUGCUCUGUUGUCGUAUCUGUUUUAUAGUCUGGCGCUCAAUGAGAAAUGUCAGCAAAAACUGUACGAAGAAGUGAAUGGUUUGGACGGAAAGUAUGAUUACGAGAGUGUCUCGAAAAUGCCGUAUUUGGAGGCAUGUAUUGCCGAAACACUCAGACUUUAUAAUCCCGUUCCGGCUAUCAAUCGAAUUGCUUCAGAGGAUUACACUAUAGGUAACACUGGACUUACAAUUCCAAAGGGAAUGACUGUUAGCUUCGACAUCCAUGCCCUCCAUCACAGCCCUGAAUACUACCCAAACCCCGAGCGCUGGGAUCCCGAGAGGUUUAUGCCGGAGAAUAGGGACCAAUUGACUCCAUACACGUAUAUGCCGUUCGGGACGGGACCCCGAAAUUGU